AGUUCAUACUGCAACAGCAACUUGUCGUCCACUACGCUGAUAGCGGCUGUAUUACGUCAUCUACCGCAAGGGGAGGAACAACUUACGCUUUGUGAUGAUUGCCCGUGUGUUAACCGAGCCAACAUGUUCUUCAUUAAAGAAUUGACGCACACGAUUCUCCUCCAUCCGUCAUACUUUGGCCCUCGGAUGCUCCAGUUCCUCGAGUCAAAACUCUACUCAGACGUAGAGGGAACAUGUUCAGGCGCAUUCGGGUACAUCAUUGCUGUCGUCUCAAUCCUGGAUAUUGGAAAAGGCAUGGUGCUGAGCGGAAGUGGCCAGGCCGAAUUCAUUACCCGCUAUCGUGCAAUAGUCUUUAAGCCAUUCAAAGGAGAAGUAGUCGAUGGGGUUGUAAAUAACGUUAACAAGAUGGGCUUCUUUGCUGAUGUCGGGCCGUUAACAGUUUUCGUAUCUCACCAACUGAUACAUCCUGACAUGAAAUUUGAUCCGACCUCGAAUCCGCCAUCUUUUGCAUCAGAGGACCAGAUCAUCGAGAAGAACACUCGUGUACGACUAAAAAUUGUUGGAACGCGCGUUGACGCUACCGAAAUCUUUGCCAUCGGAACGAUCAAGGAAGAUCAUCUUGGUGUUAUAGACUAGUCAAAAGAUCGAAUUUGGACGAUCGCCCUACGUAUACCUGCUUUCACUGUAUUCGCUGUGUUAUUUACUGCAAAGCACUAAUGCCAUCUUCUCAGUCCAAUUCAUGCG